UCCCCAUUGGUCCCCCCCUGCCCGCGCGCGGUCCGCCGGGAAAAGCGACCCGGAAGCGGGGAGGGGGCGGUCCCCAUGGUAACGGGGCGGCGGCGCUGGGGGCCGCCAUGUCCUUCAAGCGGGACGGCGACGAGCCCGGGCAGCUGGCGGCGCUGCAGAAGCGGCGCGUGGCGGAGCUGCUGGCCAGCUACAUCCCCGAGGAGGAGGCGCUGCUGCUGCGGAGCGGGAGGUACGCCUGCACCGUGUGUGCCCACCGGCCCGUCUUCGACACGCUGGAGGUGCUGGCGGUGCACCGGGCUGGCAGGAAGCACCUGGGCAGCCUGCAGCGCUGCUACGGCAGUGAGCGCUGGCGGGAGGACACGGCGCAGGAGCAGCGGCACCAGGAGCUGGUGCGGGUGGAGGCGGCGGGCACGCAGGGCUCCCCAGCCCCUUUGCUGGCCCGGACGAGGAGGAUUGCCCAGAGUGCCCUGCUGAAGGCUGCUCCCUACAACAGCUGCUGCCGGAGGACAGGGGCAGCUGGAAGCGGCGCACGAGGGGCGAGGACCCAGCCAGGGCCGAGCACUGCCCAGGCUCCCUCUCAGCACAGGGACGCCGUGGAGGCCACCCCUGCAGCCCUGCUGCCAGGGCAGCGCAGCUGGCAGGCAGGUGCACUGAAGGCAGCUUCCGCCCACGCCGGGCAAGGCAGAAAAGGGAAAGCAGCAGCAUCGUCCUCACAGCCGAGUCAGCCCGAGGCCCUCAGCCCCGCGAGGCGCCAGGCGCUGGAGCAAUACCUGCAGCUGCGGAGCGCCGGCUGGAUCCAGGAUCGCUCUGGCAAGUGGGUGAAGGAUGAGAACGCUGAGUUUGACUCCGAUGAGGAUGAGCCGCCUGCACUGCUGCCAGCCUGAGGUCCCCGAGCCCCAGGGCUGUCCCCAACCCCACUGUGUGCCACAAGAACAGAGGCAGCUGGAGACGAUGGAGGCGAUCCAACCGCUGGGGCAGGUCCAAUACGUGGUGUGGCACUGGGGGUCCCCUCGCUCUUUGUUCCCACCUUUUCGGGUGUCCCUAUCCUGGCCAGAGCACUGUGAUCUCAGCUUGGAUUUUGGCCCGUUGCUGCCCGUCUCUUCCUGUCCCCGGCCCAAGUCACACUCGCUUUCCUGCCCAGGCACAGGUGCCUGCGGUUCGUGGCCUUUUGGGGUGGCGGCACGGGGCUUCCCCCUCCUCGUGGCCCCGCAGCUGUCCUGGCGCUUGGCAAAACACCCGGCCAGCUCACCUCCACCCUCGCCUCUGUU